ACAAUUCUUCACAAUAGAAGAAUUAACGUAACGGAGACGUAAACACAAGUUGGAGUUCAACGAUUCCAGUACACAUUUUGGUCCUAUGAUCCGCGUUUAAAUUGUUUUUCAGACCCUCUUGACACCACCGUGUUUUAUAUAAAUUAACGUUAACGUUUUUGACUCUAGCUAAAGAAUUUAAAAUCGCUAAAAUCAUUAUCUAGCUAGCUUUGCUAGUUCUUGGUGAACUGCGACGUUACCAACAAAAUGUAAGUAACAGGCCGUUUUAUGCCCCAAGUAAAUAAAAGAUCCCCCAAUCAUCGUUAAAAUUAAUAAUAGAGUUUUUAGUAAUGCCCGAGCUGGACGUAAAAUAUUCCGGCGCCGUGAGCCCGAAGAGACGCCGCCACAGCCGCUCCAGCAGCCGCUCACCGGACCGAGGGCUGAAGAACCACAGACACGAGCAUGAAGACGACCACAAAUCGCGAUACAACGACAAAGAGAGGAGCAGAAACCGCUUCCGAGUCGGGUAUUCUCGCAGUCGCUCCAGGUCAAGGGAAAGAGAUCGGUCAAAUUGGUCAGAUCAGAGAGACAGAGAUCACGGCUUUGGAUCACGAUCCGAUUAUUAUGAGAAGAGAGACGAUGCCCAGCGACAGAGACAAGACGCCUUCAUCGCGAGGCGUCUGCAGGAACGCGAGAGAAUUGGUGAAGUGGGAUGUCCUGAGGUCUGGGGAUAUUCUCCAAGAGUCAGAGAACCUGACUCAGACGAACACACUCCUGUAGAAGAGGACGUGAAAAACAGCAGCUCUGACUCAAGUUCACAGGAGGAAAAGAAGAAAAAGAAAAAGAAGAAGAAGAAGAAGAAAUCAAAGAAGAGGAAGAACAGGAAGCACUCAGAGGGCAGCGAGUCAGAAAGUGAUUCUGAAGUUGGUUGUUUUGCAGAAGAGAUGAAAAAGAAGAAAAGAAAGAAGAAAAGUAAAAAGAAAAAAUCAAAGAAGAAGAAGGCGAAGAAGAAUCACAAGGAGUCCAGUAGCUCUAGCAGUGAACAUUCAGAGGAAGAAGAAGAAGAGGAUGUCAAUGAAAUCUCAUGGGUGGAGAAAACUGGUGUUGGCGAAAAUGUUGUUGGACCUGAAGCACCUCUCACACACCUGUCCCAAGACGACAAACCUUUAGAUUUUGGCCACGCUUUGCUACCAGGUGAAGGUGCGGCUAUGGCAGAGUUUGUCAAAGCAGGGAAACGUAUUCCAAGAAGAGGUGAAAUCGGUUUGACUAGUAAUGAGAUUGCAGAGUUUGAGAAAUGUGGCUAUGUCAUGAGUGGAAGCAGACAUCGGCGUAUGGAGGCUGUGCGUCUGAGAAAGGAAAACCAGAUCUACAGUGCUGAUGAGAAGAGGGCGCUUGCUUCCUUUAACCAAGAGGAAAGAAGAAAGAGGGAGAGCAAAAUCCUUUCCAGCUUCAGGGAAAUGGUGUACAGAAAGACUAAAGGCAAAGACGAGAAGUAGGCUGUCCUGCAGAAUUAUAUUUUCAGUUGGAAUGUUAUUUUUCUUUUUUUAAAGGAAAAAGACAACAUAAAAUGUGAUUAAGUCACAGCUUUUACUUAAAUGUGUGUAUGUAUUCAUUUUUGUUUGCUUGGGCAUCCUCCUGUACAAUACACGGUGAGAGGUUUGUGAACUAAAAUUGAUAUGUGUUUCUUUUAUUACAAACGGUGAUCAGUAGAACUCAAACCAUUAACCACUGGAAUACCCUUCAUGUAAUGUGUGUUGCAUCUAAAUAAAAAUGGUCAUGUGAUUCACAGUCA